CUGUUAGGCUCACCUGUAAAUUCAGACAGCAGAGAGGAUAAAAAGGAGCCCUUCUGUGUUUGUCGUCACGUCCGGUCCACAGUCUGUGGUCCGGCCCAAUGUACCUGGAGAAAGUUCUGCUCGCUUUGUAGACGUUUUGUGUUUUGUUUCUUCCUCACGUUGUUUUCUCCAUCAUAGCAACACGAUGCGAGACGUUCACCUGAACAAUGAGACGUGCGGCGGCAACGGGUCUGUGGUGCGUUUGUGGUGUGGCUCUCAGUCCGCAGUGUGUGUGGUCUCUGGGGAUCAACCGGUGUUCAAUACACACCUGGACAACAACAAUCAAACAACAGAUUUACAGAUACACACUUCUUACAACCUGUGGCUGGGUCUGACUCUCGCUCUGCUGUCCGCUUUCCUGAUUGGUGGGAGUGUUAUCCUGAAGAAGAAAGCUCUCCUCCGUUUGGCCAGAAACGGACAAACCAGAGCAGGUGAUGGAGGACACGGCUACUUGAAGGAUUGGCUGUGGUGGGGAGGCCUGUUAACCAUGGGAGCUGGUGAGGUGUGUAACUUUGUCGCCUACAUGUUUGCUCCUGCCACCCUGGUAACUCCUCUUGGCGCUCUGAGUGUCCUCAUCAGUGCAGUUCUGUCGUCCCACCUGUUGGGGGAGAUGUUGAACGUUGUGGGGAAGCUUGGUUGUUUGCUCUGCAUACUGGGAAGCAUCUUACUGGUUAUCCACGCCCCACAGGAACGGGAAGUGACAUCACUAGAGGACAUGACCAACAAGUUGCUGGAGCCUGGUUUCCUGGUGUACAUGUCGGUGGUGUUGGUGCUGUGUGCUGUGCUCGUGCUGUAUUUCUCUCCACGGGUCGGUCGCUCCAACAUCCUCAUUUACAUCAGCAUCUGCUCGCUGCUCGGAGCCUUUACCGUCUCCUCUGUGAAGGGCCUCGCCAUCGUCAUCAACACCGUGUUUUAUGAUAUUGCAGUGCUCGCUAAUCCCCUUACCUGGAUCCUGUUGCUAACUCUUGUUGUCUCCAUAAUAACACAGGUGAACUACCUGAACAAGUCCCUGGACACCUUCAACACCCUGCUGGUAUACCCCAUCUACUAUGUCCUCUUCACCUCUGUGGUUCUGUGCUCCUCCAUCAUUCUUUUCCAGGAGUGGAGGAGCAUGGCCAUCGUGGAUGUGGUCACCACGCUGGGAGCCUUUGUUGUCAUUGUGGUGGGCGUGGCCAUGCUCCACUUCUUCAGAGACCUGCAGGUAACGAUGAAAGAGCUGACCAAUCAGCUGACCCUCACGGUCGAGAGGGAGGAGCUUGCAGGCGAGGUUUCUGCCAAUGUACAACCAGGAGGAGCUGCAGGAGUAGCUGCAGGAGGAGGAGGAGGAAGAAGUAGAAACACAAAAGAAGAUAAAUAUGGACUGAUGGACAACAUGAUGAUAGAGAGUCUUCCUCCGAUGAGAGAGGAUGGACCCAGAGUCUUCAUCAUCAGCUGAAAGAAAUGUGAAGAAGAAACAGAG